UCAGAUUUUCUAACAUGUCGUCAAGUGUUAAAUAUAAUGGUCAUCAUAGGCUUCAUGUUCAAUUACAUGUUAAGAGUAAAUCUAACAAUAGCCAUAGUCGAUAUGAUGUUACCAGCUCAGACAAAUGUCACGAACUCUACAACAGCAACGAAGGUGCCAAUUGUGGAGCAACACAAAUUCAAUUGGACGUCUUCAGAGAAAAACGACAUUCUGGGAAGCUUCUUCUGGGGUUAUAUUCUAACAGAAUUACCCGGAGGCCGAAUGGCUGAAAUUGUAGGUGCUAAAAAAAUUUUUGGAGGAGGAAUGCUAAUGGCAAGUUUGUUGACAGUUCUAACACCCGCAGCGUGUUAUUGGAACUUUUAUGCGAUAGUGAUUCUAAGAGCACUAGUGGGAUUUGCACUAGGUGCCACAUGGCCGUCCAUGCCUCCAAUGGCUGCAAAAUGGAUACCGCCAUUAGAGAGAUCUAAAUUUAUGGCUAAUAUGAUGGCUAGCGCAUUAGGAGCCGCGAUAACAUUACCGGUUUGUGGUUACUUAAUCAGUGUAUCUGGUUGGGAGAGUGUUUUUUACGUAACUGGUGCCGUAGGUAUAGUUUGGUCUAUACUCUGGUUUGUGCUAGUAUUCGAUUCUCCCGCUCAACAUCCCAGAAUAAGCCAGGAAGAGAGGAUGGAUAUCGAAGAUAAAAUAGCCGAAUUUGAAGGAGGUGCUAAGAAUAUGAAACCCGAUAAAUUUCCGUAUAAAGCUUUACUUACCUGUAUGCCAGUUUGGGCAAUUGUAGUAACACAUGGGUGCUCAGUAUUUGGAUAUUUUACUGUUGUAAACCAAUUGCCCACAUAUGUGAAUGAUGUCCUACAUUUUAAUAUUAAGAAAAAUGGACUGUUAUCAAGUCUUCCUUAUUUUGGUAAAUAUGUUAUGGCAGUCAUAGCCAGCUACCUGGCAGAUAAAAUAAGAAAAUCCGGAAAGAUGUCAACUACAGUUACACGAAAAGUCUUCACAACUUUCGCGUGCUUACUCCCUGCUAUAUUAAUGGGAAUUCAAGCCAUUUGGGGAAGAACAUCAGCGUUAUCAGUAUCAGUAUUUACCUUAGCAUUGUUUUUCAACGGAGCUGUGACCGCAGGAUAUUUAUCUAAUGUCCUUGACAUUGCACCCAACUUUUCAGGUACAAUAUUUGGUAUUGCUAAUACUCUUUCAUCCAUAGCUGGAUGGAUUUCAACGAAAAUAGUUGCAAUUAUCACAAAAACCGAAAGUACAUUCCACACAUGGAAAUAUGUCUUCUGGAUCUUAGCAGGAACGUAUGCAUUUGCUGCGGCAUUUUAUCUAAUAUUUGGUUCAGGAAAAUUACAAAAAUUCAAUUCUGUGCAAAGCAAUACAAACGAAGGAAAAGAAUUACGACCUCUAAAAACACAAAUUGAGAAAGAAAAGGAACAGGAAGCAAACUUUAUAGCUUAG